AUGGGCCUCGCAGGUCGAAAAGUAAAACAGCGCAUCCCAGCUGACCCCCGCAACCUGUCAUGGGCAGAUGGUAUUUCUCUCUUAUAUACGCUUCCCGCUUCGGUCAAGCUUACCUUCUCCAAGUUUGGCUGGGAUGCAACUCAGGGCGUCGGACUUGGUGCAUCAGGCGAUGGAAUGAAAUCGAACCUUAAGGUUUCCCAAAAACUAGACAUGCUUGGAAUCGGCGCGGCACACCAAAAAGAUCCACAUGGGAUUGCGUGGAGACAGAAUAGAGAUUUUGAAGUUCUGCUGAAGAGAUUGAACGAAGGGGCGAACAAGGACGAGGCGGAGGAAGAGGAGAACGGAGCAGUGGAGCAAGGAGGGUUUGUUUCUGCAACAGAAGGUAAGGUGCAGGAGGAUGCUGCAGAUUGCGGGGGCGUCGAUAUUGCCAGGGACAAGAAACGAAAACGGAAGCGGAAACACCUCGACGAAAGCGAUGGAUCUGAAGAACAGAAGAAGAAGAAGAAGGAGCGGAAGCAAAAGGAUGAAAUGCAAAGUACAAGGGAGCAUAGUGUAACGCAAGAAGUUGUUGAUGACACUGUCCAAAAUGACAGCGCGCCGACCUCUUCGUCGGUAGAAGCUACAGCGACUGAUAAUCUCCGACCCAAGAUCAAGGGUCGUCCCAUGGCCCACCGUGCCCGCUUCCAAGCCGCCAAACGCCUCGCUACCAAGUCCACAGCGGCCAUAUCAGAGAUUCUAGGCAUUGCGCCCUCAUCAUCCACCCCGUCAUCAUCGCUGGUAACCCCAAGGCAAUUAUCCCCAACCCCAGAGUCCUCGUCUGCACCAGAAGAUACACACCCAUCCCUAGAACAGCUCACUACAUCAACAAAAAGUUUAGCAGACUACUUCAAGGAUAAACUUUCAGCUAAAAAAUCCACGGUGUCCACCCCCACUCCGUCCAGCGGGGAUGAUGACUAUGACCGCCCGCGGAGUGGUCUAGGUGCGUCUCGUACCUUGGUAUCCUCUUCUGGGGCGGAUGGGGCCCCACAGCAGCGAAUCGGACUGGGAUUUGUUUCAUCUACGUCGGCGAGCACCCCUUCACCUCCGUCGCUGGAGAAUACACCGAUUGCUCAGGAAACGCUGGCUACAGGAUAUUUGAACUCGCGAUCACGAAGUGGAGGCGAUCAAGAGAACCACAAAAACAAGAAACGGAAGAAGGAUAAAAACACAGGAGACGUCGAAAUCGAGAAGGACAGCCGACACGAAGACGGAGAGACGAAGAAUUUGGCUGAUACCAGUGUGAUUAAUAAGAGCACCGAAAAGAAACGAAAGGAGGCGAAAGUGAAGGUCACCAGUAGCGACAAGACCAAGAGAAAAUCGAAAAAAGGAUCGGAUCAGGAUACCCUCCCCCAAUAA